AGUGUUCCGUUCAAAUAUUCAAAGAGACGCAUAGACUCCUAGCACACCAUGCAUUCAUAGUAACCCCUGUUCUCUGUUAAAGUCACGACACACACACACACACACACCUCUCUACACAAACAAACUGCUGUGCCUCUUUUAUCGAAUGAACUCUACCGGCAUUGCAGGCCACAGUGCCGACGCGGAGUGGAGCCUCCACAUUUACGACGCAGGGGAGCCGCCUUCUGCGACGGUACUUGCACUAUGGCUCUUGCUGUCUCUCUGCGUGACGCUUUUGUUCCUCGUCGUUAGACCGGCCGCGACGCGACGAGUACGCGAGGAUGCGGAUAGCAGCGGAGAACCGAAACACACCCAGCCUGUCCAGCCGCAGGCAGACAGCGGUGUGUUCGCCGCGUACACGUUGCGACUGCUGGCCGCCGUGUGGACGCUGCCGCUCUACGACGUUGUGCACCGCACGUGUUGCUAUCUACGUCUAACACCGUACAUGCUAGCGCGCCACCGACUGCUGCCCUUAGGUGCAUCUUUUCUCUCGGAUGGGCUGUGGACGGAGUGGGUAAACUGGGCACGUUUGUACGUUCUCUGCGGCGCAUCGCUUUCUUCUUCGUUCUCUACACCCACGGUAAACACCACAGCUGCAACUUCAAGCGAGGUCUGCAGCGGGUGGCAGCUGCCGCUAGCCGGGGUGUUGGACUAUCAUCAAUAUCCCGAGUACGCCGCACUGAACACGAGCCGGCUGCCGUUGGGCACGGAGGUCGCCCUGUACCAUAGAAUGAGUAUCGAAGCACUCGUCAUCACGGCGGUGACGGUGGUGCAUCUGCACACCGUUUUCAACAUGAUUCAUCACAUUUUCUGUACUUCCUCUCGAAAGCUAAAAUCUGCGGUAGACGCGGAAACGGUUUCUGCUGAUGAGCACUCCGCUCCUCGCGCUGACCCGCCUCAAGAGACCUCUCACUUAGAAGGCGCCGCGCAAGCAACUCGUAUAAACGGCACCUCGCAGUUAACCACGGCUCUCCGGCAAGCCGACACACCUGGGGACGACGCGUGGGUUGACAGCCCUGAAGCGCUGGCGGAGGAAGAGGCACGCCGUUUGGAAGACGCGAAUUGUCAAGCAGGAGGUACGCAUGCGGGUCAUCACGCCGAGGUGGUCUUCUCGAAUUCGCACACGACCCGCCUCCUCCAGCACUGCUGGCCAUGCGCUGUGUCGGCUGCAUACGCGGCGAUGUACGCCUACGUCGGUGGGCUGCCCUUGUUGAUGACGAUGGUGUUUCCGUGCGCGAUUGUUCUCACCUGCGUCGUGGCCAUGCUUACGCCCACGUAG